UGAUGAGAAUUUGAUAAGAACUUCGCAGUCUCAUUCAUCUGUCAGAUGCCGAGGUGCACGUGGCUGCAUUUGCACCAUUCUUUCUAUGGAUGGUUGAAGAGGGCAUCUACUUUUCUCCAAUCCCACAGCUUGUGUUAUAAGUAUAUACUCUAAAUGAAAGAGAGUUUUCCUCUUUGAAACCAUCAUAGGGCUUACAAAGCGGUACACUGAAUUCAGAAAGAUGUAUUGAUCUGAAGUUCGUCAGCGGGCAGUUCUCUUCUCAGUAUAUAGAACUUAAUUAUCAUUCUCAUUGAAGACCAUGGAAGUUGCAGAAUUUCAAAGAAUAUCAUAAGGAACUGAGAGAGGAAGUUCAUUCAAAGAAAUAAAUUAGGAGGGACAGAAGAUUCAAUAUCCUCACCAGCUUGGAACAGUUUUAUUAAACAGUUUAAUUUCUUUUGCCCAAUUAUGAAAAAGUACACAAGAUGACUACAAGAGAAGUAGAUUUCAACACAAAACCGGAAAGCAGCACAGGUGAUGUUGGCAAAAUUCCUUCAUCCAGUCCAACAUCUUGGUCCAGGUUAAAGGAUCCACGAAUUGUGCGCGUAUCACGAGCAUUUGGAGGAAAAGAUAGGCACAGCAAAGUCUGUACUGUAAGGGGCCUAAGAGACCGGCGCGUAAGGCUUUCUGUUCCUACUGCGAUACAAUUAUACGAUCUUCAAGAUCGAUUAGGGCUAAAUCAGCCAAGCAAGGUGGUUGAUUGGUUGCUUAAUGCUGCAAAGAAUGAAAUUGAUGAACUUCCCCCUCUUCAAAUCCCUCCAGGGUGCUUUAGCCAAAACAUUCAUCCAAUGCUAAAUUCUCAUGAGUUUAGACCUCCUCAAUCUGAUAAAGAAGUCCUAAAGAUCAGCAACGGUAUCAGUUGGAACGAACCCUUAAAACAAUCCCGAACAGAUCUAUGGGGGGACAAGUCUAAGGAUGUUUCUGGAGAAACAACUAUGGCAAGAAGUGAAGAAGAAAAACAAUGUAACCUCGACAGUGAAGAAGCAUAUGUUUCUGCAAACAAUCUUUUUCCGAAGCCUAGUCAAUCUUCUCUUCCAGGUUUGCUAAACAAUGCAAUGCCAUAUAAUUCUUUUCUCAGAUGGGAUCCUUCGAAUCCAUCGUUAUCUCAUUCGCGAAGUGCUGGAUUGACAGUCCAACCAGAAGAUUUCCACAACUUCAACCUUGUGCCAUUGUCUUCUUCAGCGGUGUCUGUCCCAUCAGGUUCUCAGCAGGUUCUUGUUUAUCAACCUAGAAUGACACAAUCUUAUUUCCCUUCACCAGAAGAAUUUGAUCCAAAACAAGUACACUUUCAGAAUCCCAGUUCCCAAUUAUCAAAUUCCCUUACUUCGCCAGUUCACUCCACAGCUGAAUCAGUUAGACCACUCCAUUUCAGCAUGACAGCUAGCCUUCUCCCUUCCCAAAACAAUGGUGGAAGGGAGCCAAACAAACACGGUCAAUUCAAUGACCCCGUCUAAGAUUUCUGCAUUUUCCGAUUGAUGGAAUUAACGUUCUUAGAAUCGAUCAAACUUUUCCACAGCAUGCUCAUCAUCAUAGUUGUGAUCUUAUGGACGAUUUCGUGAAUCAGCUUCAUUGAGCUGCUGGGAAAUGAGAAACUCAGGUCAGUUACACCUGAUGAUGUGAAUGCAUUUUACUCUACUGGAAGAUGACUACAUAAGGUUUUGUUGUUAUAGUUUAUAUUUAUUGCCCUAAACGACUGUUGAUCAUAGUGAAAAGUUUGACAUUAAGAUUGAUUUGGUGUAAUUCUAUAUGUAUGUUGUUCCCUAUUUUGGCUCUAGUAAUACUAUAUAUUUAUAUGUGUGUGUGUGUGUGCGUUUUCCGACAGAUUUUUUCUUCAAAA